AUGAGCGCAAACUCUCAGUCUUCUUCAAACGGAGAUAUCAACAUUGGCUGGAAACUAGAACUUCAAGCUCUUAUUACCACCAUUGUUGACUUUGUAGCCGUACAUUAUGGCUUGAGCCAACAUACAUCCUACCUCAAAUACAACGAGGCGGUGCACCAGCAAUACUACAAUCUUCUUGCGCAAGUAUUCUGUGUACAGGCAUUGAGCUUCGCCAAGACGGCCAUUGUUAUAUUGUACUUACGAGUAAUUCAUGGCUCCGGGAUCCGCAUACAUCAAGUCUUACUAUGA